AUGCUGCCCGAAAACCUUUCCACUUUACGCGUCGUUGAUCUCAAGGAGGAGCUCUCCAAACGCAAGCUCCCUGUCAAAGGAAAGAAAGACGAGUUGAUCGCACGCCUUCAGCAAUCGCUUGAUGACGAGAAACAAAAAGAAGGAGCCGUAGAAGAACCGCCAAAGGAGACAUCAGCACAAGUCGACAAUGCAUCUAAAGAGACAACCACAGAAGAGAAUCAGCCACAGCCAUCUGAUGAGAAGGCAGCACCUACAGAGGAAGCGAUCCAGCACAAUGAACCUGUCCAAGAGGUGACAACAGACGACAAAAAUACAGCCGAUACCACCACUACCACCACCACCACCAUGCCAAAGGAAGAAAAGCCAUUAGAGGAUGAUGAUCGUGGAACAAAGCGUAAACGAAGUGUGGAUGAAAAGGAAGAAGUAAAAGAACCACAACCUGAAAAGCGCACCAAAUCAGAUAUCAAGCAUCCCGAAGAAGAACAACCACAACAGCAACAACAACAGCAGCAGCCACAGCCGCAACCAGAGACCAAGGAAGAGCAACAGCAGCCACAGCCGCAACCAGAGACCAAGGAAGAGCAACAGCAGCCACAGCCGCAACCAGAGACCAAGAAAGAACAGCAACAGCCAAAGGAGAACAUUGUCACCAGCUCUGCUAUCUACAUCAAGGGAUUUGUACGGCCAUUGAUUGUACGCCAUGUACAAGAAUUGAUUGCAAAAUAUGGCACGGUGAAAAGGUUUUGGAUGGAUGCGAUCAAGACUCAUUGUUAUGUUAUUUACGAAUCAACAGAAGAAGCAAAAGCAGCAUUUGAAGGCAUUGAUGGCAUCGUAUUUCCUCGUGAGACGGGAAAAGAAGUGACGGUGGGUGGUCUUACUCCAGAGCAAGCUGAAGUGUUGAUUGAGCAAGAACAAACUGCAGCUGAUCGACGUAUGAAGAUUGAUUGGGAAGGAGCUAUUGAAUCAGUGAUCAAGGGCGAAGUCAAAGAAGUCAACAAAUCACCAUCAUCGUCAUCAAACAGUCCUGAUGCAAGACGUCCACGUCUCUUUGGUAUUUCUCAAAUCACUCGUGAAUUACAAAAAGCUGCCACAGCAUCAGUGUUAGCAUCUGAAAACAACGCAGCGGCAUCAACAUUGGAUGAACGACCGACGAACUUGUUGCAGGAUAAUGUUGAAGGACCAUCUAUGCUAGUGGCUGAGGACAACCAGAUGGCAGCACCAACAGCAUCAUUGGAUGAACUUUUCCGCAAGACGAAAGCGACACCCCAUCUUUAUUACCUUCCUGUAUCAGAAGAAAUAGCACAGCAAAGAUUAGAAAAAUUGAGACAAAAAACAGCGUAG